AUGGCUGCAAUCAAGAAUAUCCUCAUGAAGCUCUCGCCAGCGGCGAAGAAGAGCGAAGAUGGACGCGACAUGUUCUCGAACCGCAUCCAGUUCGUCCUCUGCGCCAUGGGCGGUGCUGUUGGUCUUGGUAACCUGCUGCGCUUCCCAUCGGUCGUGUACAACAACUACGGCCUCCAAUUCUUCAUCCCCUACUUCAUCGCCCUAUUCUUCGUCGCUUUGCCUGUCCUGGUCCUUGAGAUCGCACUCGGUAGCGUUUACCGUGGUGGCCCAGUGCUCGCGUGGCACAGCAACAACAAGCGCGCCAAGGGUAUUGGUCUAGCAGUCGUCUUCAACGGCUAUGUCGUGGUUACCUACUAUGUGCCCCUUCUAGCAUGGAUCAUGAAGUACUUCUCCCGCAGUUUCCAAAGCCCUCUGCCAUGGAAAGGCCAGGAUCUCGAGGAGUACUUCGCCAACGUCAUCGUUGCCAACACGGCCGCAGCUUCCACUGGUAGUCUCAACCCCGAUGGCAGCGUUGCUUCGUACACUCAAUACGUCGGUACUGGUAUGCUCGGAGAGACCGCAGGCUGGGCCAUCUUCACUUGGUUCGUCACCUGGUUGUGCGUUUUCAGGGGUGUCGGUAUGACCGGACGUGUCAUCUACGUUACUAUGGGUCUUCCGCUCGUACUAAUCAUCAUCCUCAUCGGCCGUGGAGUCUCGCUGCCUAAUGCUGGAGAAGGUAUUAAGCUUUACUUCGCGACAUGGCGUACCAGCGCACUUGAGAGCCCUCAGAUUUGGCAAGCGGCUUUUGGUCAGAUCUUCUUCUCCAUCGGUGUCGGUUUUGGAUACUUCACCUCGUGGGCAUCUUACUGCUCUUCGCACUCCAACGCUGUACAAGAUGCUCUCAUCAUUGGUUUCAGCAACUCAGCCGUUGAGAUUAUUGCCGCUUUCUCCAUUUUCGGUGUUGUCGGCUACCUGGGCAUUGAUCCCUCCAGCGGCACACAGCUCGGUACUUUCGUGACAGGAUUCAUCACCUACCCCGAGGCUCUUGCUCAGAUGCCAGGUGCUCCGUUCUUCUCCGUCGUCUUUUUCUUCACCCUCUUCCUCCUCGGUCUGACAUCCGCCUUCUCCCUCCUCGAAGUCAUGACAACACUCAUCAUGGACACGAACUGGGGGCGCAAACUUCCUCGCUGGGCCGUCUGCACGAUUGUCACCGUCAUCUCCGCACUCAUCUCCCUCAUCUACUGCACCGAGUUCGGACUGCAGGCCCUCGACGCAGUUGACACCUACGUCAACGAUGUCGCCCUCUUCUUCACAGUCUGGUGCGAGACCUUCGCUGCAACAUCACUCUACCGCUGUCGCGACGUCGCCCACCAAGUGGGCUGGCCGGGAUACCUCAUCUUCACUAUCGGUUUCGCCGUCGCCCAAGGUCUCGGCAUUCGCGUCGCCUACGGCUCGACUCCAGGAACCGGUGCUGGUGUCGGUUUCGCCUUCUUCAUCGUCAGCUCUUUGAUCGCGCUCUUCGCUGCCCGAACCCCUGCUAUCCCCGGCCCCCGCUUCUUCGGUAACAACAAGUUCCUGAGCCGCUUCUGGUGGGUCGCUUUCUACCCUGGACACCAGCUUACCCGGGAUAUGAACGUGACUAUUGGAGUCGGAAAGAACUGGAACAUUCCCUUUUACUGGGCUGUUAUCAUGAAGUACAUCUCCGGUCCCAUUCUCGCUAUCGUCCUCUCCUUCGCCUACCCCAAGUUCACACAACAACACAUGUUCGACCCCAUCAUGAUCUACGGCUUCAGCAUAGUGCACCUCGUGCUGCCUACCAUCGUUCUGGGUCUUCUGAUGCCAUCGUGGUUCAACUGGAUUAUCCCAUCCGAGAAGGUCCUUCUCGGUGACAAGCCAGUUGCGCCUUUGGAGACGAUUGACAACACGAACGCGAUUAUGAGGAUAGGCAGCGAGGAGACGGGAUCAGUGCCGCCGUACGAGGAGCCGAAGAUGAUGGAGACGAAGUCGACGAAGGUUUGA